GGCGCAUGAAGUCGAACGCAGCCAGUGAGAGUGCGUCACAACAACAUUGCUGCCGCGAUCAGGAAACGAAACGAUCAUAUUUGUGCUGUCUCUACUUUAGUUUUCACCUGAAUAGCUACAUAGAAACAUUUCAACAUGGUCAAAGUGUCUUUUAACACGGCUCUCGCUCAAAAGGAUCCAAAAAAGGACAGUGAAAGUCUCAUUCCUGUUCAGGAUCCAGAGGCAGCAGCUUUUCUGCAUCAGCAGUCUAGGGUGUGGUGCUUGUGCUUCUGUCUGGGAUUGGCUCUCGUGCUCUCAGGUUUAGUGGUGGGCGGAGCUUACCUGUUUAAGUACUAUGUGCAGGAGGAUCAUGACGGUCUGGAGGUUUACCCAGCAUUUCGAAGCACAGACAUGGAGAGAUUUUACUGUAGGGUGGGAUACAUGGAUGCAGAUUAUGAGAUGAACGAGGAGAUGGAUGAUGAUAUGCAGCUGAUGUAUAUGGAAGAGAAUGUGACCUUUAUGGAGGAUGAUGAGGUUGAAUUUAUUAGAGUUCCAGUCCCUGAGUUCAGAGAGAGCGACCCAGCUGAUAUCGUGCAUGACUUCAGUAAGAUGCUGACUGCAUAUCUGGACCUGGAUCUGAACAAGUGCUACAUCAUUACUCUGAACACCUCGAUCGUCAUGCCACCCAAGAGCUUUCAAGAGUUUCUGGUCAACAUUAAUGCAGGGACCUAUCUUCCUCAGUCUUAUAUGGUGCAUGAAGAGAUGUUGGUUACAGAGAAGUUGGAGAGCACCAGUGAACUGGGUCCUUACAUCAAUAACCUAUGCAGUGGCAAAGACAUGUACAGACUGCAGCGCAGAGACACAAUACUGGGCAUGCAGAAGCGUGAAGCUCUUAACUGUCACAAGAUUCGUCACUUUGAAAACAAGUUUGUUGUGGAGACCAUGAUCUGCGAACCAUGAGGAACGUCAGUCGGUGAAUAAAAUUAGUGAGAUAUAUGCAGCAAUAUAAAUCAUCUAUAAUACAGUUCAAAGCUUCUCUAUCUGUUUUUUCUUUGGCUUUGGGUUUUUCGUAAGCUAUGCACAAUUAAAUGAUUUACUUAACCUAUGCACAAAAAACAAAUGUGAAAUGUAUUUUCUGAACAAUGAGAUUUUUGCACUGUAAUGUGUAAUACUUUUAUUUUUAUAAAUGUUAAAGCGCCAAAUUGCACACAGAACAAAAAAAUUAACAGUUUAGAAAAUUCUAUACAGAAUUAAAGUUACGACUAGAUAAUAAAGUAAUGAAAUAAUCGUUUUCCAAAGAGUUUUUGUAAUUUUAAAUUAAACAGGGUUUUACACUGGAACAUCUGUUGUAUUGAAUUUUGAUACUGUUAACUGGUUGUAAUGGCAAAAUUAAGCUUUUUAACUGGAAUGUAAUGUUGCAUUGCUAAAAUCCAUGAUAGCACAAUUUAGGGUUUUCUUUAAAUAUAUCCUUCUAUCUGGGCUGUUUUGUUUAAAAUGAUCUGUUACAUUGAAUUGAGAAAUAAUAAAACACAAGAAUGUUUUGAACAUAAAAGCUAAAACUACUAAUAAUGUUCUUAUUUGAAAUCACUAUUUUUAUAUUCUCAAUAUUUUCUGAUUUGUAAAUGACAUGUCAAUAAAAAGACCAAUCUGACUCCAA